GAGCCUUACAUAAAUGUCUUAGCAACAACUCUCCGACAAUAUCUGUCUUCUUAAUUCCGCCGAUCGUGUAAACCGAGAAUAUCUUUCUCAAAGGGAUUGUAGGUUAUCAGAAAGUGGAUAUAUUGAAGUCGUACAUCAAGACGCGAAGUUAAGGUAAAGGUAGUCUCUAUUCAUUCGAGAUAUUCAUAGGUUAUGUAAAGUUUUGGCAAACUGGAAACAUCAUCGGUGAGCCGAUUGAUUUCAUUGUACAUCUCGACUCAUAGUCGUCUUACUGAAUCAGUUGUAAAAAGCACUGAAGCAAAUGCUGUUUACGGUGUGCUUUCUGACUCAUUUUCAUCGCCUCAAGCAAGUUACAAGGCAAGCCAUAACCUAACUGAAGCGAGAUAUGAGUUACCAGUAUAUACUCUUUCGCGAGAGUGGCAGAAUAAUUAACCAAAAAAAAUGCGUGCUUUCGCUUUCAAACGGUAAGUCUGAGGCUUGUGUUCAAACCCUGUAUUUCUCGUUUCAGCUUACUAAUUUCACUGAGGAAUCUCACACGCGUACGAUUUUACAAACGAGGUAAGUUUACAGACUUUGUCGCAGUUGUUGCAUUGAAUUUAUAUAUGUGCUGGUUAACAAACAUAAUGAAACCCAAAAAUUCAGAGUUGAAAAACAACAGAGCAGAUCAUGAUAAAGUGAAAAAAAAAUUGAUAAGUAAAUAUUGGUUCAGAGUACCAAUUCUUCAGGUGAGGUUCAUCUCCGCAGUGUUUGAGGCAUAUCACAAAAUCCCUGCCCAGACUGAUAUCAAAUAUUAUCUACUUAGUUCUUAAGUAUAGAAACAGAGCGUGAUAAAAUUCAAGCACACAUCAUGGGGUCAUUGGGGUUUGACAGUUAAUGUGCUCGGUUAGUUCAUGACCACCGCUUGUUUGAUAACAAAAGAUUUUUGUUUCGUUUAGCGGGAAUUAAGUUUGCAUAAGAACCAUUAGCAGCCAAACACGUAAAACAAGUAAACAAACACAUAGCGAAUAUGUUCCAUGCGUUGAGAAGUCAGGCGGAAUUUUGAGUUUAGGAAGUUUGACCUCUUUUCAACUCCGCCUUCAUGUUUACGUAUUUCACACAUACAAAAAUUAUCAACUGAGACUAUGACGUACUUCCAGAGUGUACGGCUGACUGGCAACUUACCGACUAGUUAACAACCGAUUAAGCCCCUGAGGCUGCAUUAAAAAAGAUAUAUAUCGUUAUAUAACAUAGGUAAAUCUUGUAUAAUAUAUAUAUAUAUACAUAUAUAUAUGAUAUCUUCAUUCAGUUUGCAAUAUCGCUUUAACGGUGCUAAGAUUAGCUCUGUUAGCUGAGAUGUAGCGGUAGGAAAUAUAAUUUCUUGCCCAGAAACAGCAAAGUGUUUCACUUUCAUCGCAUCAAAUUGUUUUAAGCACCGCACACUUUAAAUUGUCAAGGAUACCAGAACGGUGAGCCUUACAUAACGCUUCCUGAACAUGAUUUCGCGUCUUUCUCUGCUCUGUUUGUUUAAAGUUUUUGAGAUGAUCUUCCCUGAGAGUCACAAUUUAUUUUUGUUUUGUAUUGAUCUGUCAAUUUUAUAUUGGUCAUGCAUGGUUUAGUAAUCUUCCAUAGUAUGAUCAAAGCUUGGCAAUGCCAGUCAUCACUUUGAAUCACGAACUAAAUCUCUGGUAUGAUUCAGUUAUGUCGCGUUUAGACGAGGAUGACGCGCGAGGGUGGUCUAGUAUUAGAGUCAGAGCGAUCCCAGGAUGAAGAAAGUAAAUGAAUAAUAAAUGGAGUCUGUCGAGCAAUUUACGGGUUGCCAAAUCUGAAAGAGGACUUAAUUGAGCGACUGUCGUAUCGGAUAGAGUCUGAUGAGGGGCUAAAGCUCGACACGUCAGCUUUAGAAGCUAUUUACGGACGCAAAUUACGUUAUUAACAAGUUAAUAAAACCUAAUGAUUUGCACUUAACCUACCUGCGUGACUAGGUGACUGUGUGACAACGUGAUGAUUAUUCAAUUUCAGGUCAAAGGCUGGGCAGCAGUUUUACACAGAGGAAAAAGUUUUAACUUAACGAAGCGGUGUUCUUUCCUUGAAGGAGACAAUACAGUUAAAAUACAAAAAUGGCCAAAUUCGCCCUUAGGAACGAGCUUGGACGGUACAUUGUUGCAGUAAGUAGAUUACAUUUUGAUUGUUGUGUUUGUCUGAAGUUUGUUGUGGAACAACAGUUGUCGGCCGCUUCGGUUUCGCCCUCGAAUUACGCUUUAAAGAGUUUUUCUUUUUUUGAUCUCAUACUUAACAUAUCUCUAUUUUUACGUGAGUUUCAAUUAAAGAGCUAUUGUUAGUACUGUAAUAAACUUUAGGGGUUUGAUCUGAGAGGAUUUCAUGAGGUAUUUCAGUUUCUGACUAUCACUGUGUAUCAAAUGAACUGUGGCUUGUUUUGCACCUAUACUCAAAUUUUUCCCUGGAAAUGUUCUUGAGUCUCACUUGCAUAGCGACGUCUUUAGGCAAAGAAAAUGAUUAAAUGUUACGUAAGUAGUGGCGGUAGAGACUUCACAAAGCACGUCAAAGUAUCUUUGAAUAUAUCAGUGAGACAAAAUUGAUUUGCAUUUACACUAACUUUAAUAAUUACAACAAGCGGGAGUGGUAAUAUUGUUUGCAACAGCCGAAGUCGCUCGAUUUGGGUUUUUCCCAGUCACCCAAAUCUUACUAUUACCGUCCAAUUUCUCUGCUAAACGCAAAUAAAGGGAACUUUUUCUGCACAUCGACCUCGACCAACUUGUGAACUGAGUGAUUGUUUGUGCAACAAAACACGUAUUAAUUUGCCCUAUUGUGCAAUAUUAAUGAAGUCUGAUAUUGAGCGUCGGUGAUUUAUUUCGGAGACAAUUGAUGGUUAAUUUAACUAACAUUUCACUGCAAAAUGCAUUUUUUGAAGUUUUUUUUUUCUGUUUUUAUAAAACAGGUGAGGUUUGUUUCGAUUGCAUUUACAUAUUGCAAGCAAUGGCAAACAUGAAAGAAAUUUAUAUUUAAUUUUUAACUUUCAGAGAUACUUCAAGUGUUUUUGUCAACUUUAUUGCAUUAGAAAUAGAAAUAAAACCGAAAUAACGAGAAAAAUGAGCUUCAAUGAAGAAAAAAAAUGUCCUUUAGCAGUGCAACUGGGCAAUAAGCGGCAUUACCGACUGAGGAUAUCUCGAUAGCUGACGUCACGCAAUAUUCGAAUCCUGGAAAAGGACCACUGUCGAUAGAACGUUUUGACAGCCAGAGCGGAAGUCGUGAAAAGAGUGGACUCUGGUGAUGACUUUCGCUAAGGUUGUGAAUCGUCGGUCACUACUAUCGACAACAGUCCUUCCCCGGACGAUCAAAAUACACAAUUGAAGGCUACAGUUCGCGCAGGAAGGCUAUCGAAGAGAUGAUGGGCAACUCGAAGGGAAAAGCAAGAGAGACGUACGACGGUUAAAUAAGAACGGAUUGGUAGCUUCUUGAAACACACGCGCUCAAUUAUUAACUGAAGGUGCCUGCAAAGUAAGGGAGCUGGAUUUUUUUACGGUUGUGCGCGAGUAGAACGCACGGGCAAUAAACACAAAGAAGGAGUUCACUUUCCUCGCGCUUUUUUUCCCUUAUACGCGGGCUUCUUUAAGUUUUACUACCAAGGCUCAAUUUAUAUCGAUUUUCUUAAGUGUUAUUUCGGUGUAAUGCAUGGAAACCAUCAUUUUAUAACUAGGUACUGUGACUGUGUUACUUUCAGAUUGCUGCUCUAACGAAGAUUAUGAUUUUAUGAUAAUAAUAAAAAUUACAACUAAAACCCUUGACACGCUUUUUUUGCUUUUCUCCUUUUAGAUAGCAUGGAUGGGAAUAAACAUAUAUUUAUUCGUGAGUGCCUACAUAUCUCUACAGACUUCCCCAAAAAACUUCUACCUCAGAGUUAUUGUCAAGGUAUUUGAAAUUCUUUUAUUUAUAUUCUAAUACUCUAAUGCUUUUGGCAAUCGAUCUUGAUCAGCCUUUUUUAGAUGUGAUAUUUUUUAUUUUAAUAUAUUAUAGAUAUCGAUCAUCUAUAGAUUACAGAUUUUCAUCGAUCAUUAACCUCAUUUUCCAGGUUGUCAAUUGUCAUCACGUACUUGCGGACAGUGUAGCAAUACUGUUGGGGAGUGUGUUUAGAAAUCAUUCCUGAGACUAAAAAGAAAAAAAAAUGUUUUAGUCGGAAAAAACAUUAGAAUCAAAGAGUUAUUUACGAAAAUAAUCUGGCGAUUAAAAAAAUAUAUUCCUAAGGGAAGGUACGUUUUUUCUUGGGGGGGGGGAGGGCUGGGGAAUUUUGGUAUUUUUUCCAAAAGAAAGUGUUAGCCCUUCCUCAUGUUUUGAUUAAACAACUCCUGACCCCCCCACUUUUAGGUGACUGACAAAAGUGUGACCCUCCCCUCACUACCGAAUUAAAAGAAACAAUAAAAGAAAAAGGGAAAAUAACAUCACAAAAUCCUCAUUAAAAAUUCUGGAAAAGGUGUGACCCUCCCUUGAAUAGGAAAAAGAGGGUAUGGCCCUCCCCUUUGGAUGACCCUCCCCUCUGAGGCCCCAGCCCUCCCCAAAAAAAAACGUACCUUUAACAGGAAGGGACUCAAUCGAAUUGAAGGGAACGUGAAUUUGUCAUUUUGCAUUUGCUGCUUUUAGCGGACCGGUAACUGGUAAUUAUUCAUCGCGGGGGGGGAGGAGCGGUGUGGAUAAUUUUUGGUGCGACAACCCCCCACCCCCACCCCUACCCCCUUCCCUCUCAGCCACACCAAAAGUCAGUGUUCCUAUCUCCUUCCGCACUCACAUACCGAUUGGUUGAAGUUUUACAAAGUUGUUAAGCAGAAUUAAGAAUCUGCUUUUGUUGUAAACAAGGCAAAUGCAAAUGGUAUCUCUUUGAACAACAGAAAAUACGCAGAAAAUAGCAGUUAAACACAAAAAUAAAAGAUCUAUGAGAUUAGGAAAAGAGUCGUCUGUGAAACGAGAAGUGGAAGCACGUAAAAGCAUCAUAAAAUUCAUUGCAGACAUAGAUGGCUGCAAGAGCAGCGAUGACGUUGUCAAGUGUAAGUCCUGGUUGAUCACUGUAAAUGACACCUUGAAAUCCGCAGCAGAUUUGUUAUCAUUCAUCGACAGCCAGUGAAAUGUUCUUAAUAGAGUAGACCAUUCUCCAAAACCCUUUGCAAAUGACUACUUACACGUGUUGUGUUUUAUUUAAACAGGAAGGAUUGGCUUUUGCUCGAGCGUCUGCUGCAGUUUUGAACUUCAACUGUAUGCUUAUUCUUUUGACUAUGUGUCGGAACCUUCUCUCUUCCAUUCGAGGCCUUGGGGUACGUGAUCUGCUUUACAGCAACUGCCUAAUCUGAUGAAGCAAGAGCUCAAUUCAAUCCAAAAAAAUGAGAGACGAUUUUGAUUAUUAUUUGCCACUGCUCAGACGAUAAAUACUCGAAUGAUUUUGUCGGUCACGCUUCGGUUUUUAGCCGAUCGUCCAGGUCGAUCGUCUCAGUCGUGCUUCGUUCCGUUUUGAGCGACUGAACCGUUACGGAUUAUAAUAUGAAACACAACUCAGCGGGACGAUGUUUCCUCUUUAUUCAUUUUCAGUCUAAAACGUAAUUCUUUUCAGAGGUCUUCAUAACGCGCAUAUCAUAGAAAUGCGAGGUGAGGCCAUGAGGAGGGGACGAUGGGAAGAUAAAAGAGAUUGUUUUUCACUGUCUCACGUCUUUCUCCCAACCCACCAUCCCACAUGCUUCCGUGCUACCCGAGCACGAAGACCACUGGUAACGAGUUAGCGAUCAAAGAGUCCUGGUUUUCCUAUCCAACCAAUCACAAGUCUAAACAAAUUGAAUGCAACUCUCCGUAGUCCCUGUAAAAUCAUGGGAUCGUGCACAGGACGGUUAACUUAGCAGCAUGACUACAGUUUGAUAACCGGCUUGAUUGAUUGAUUGAUUUAUUCAUUAUUCUUUUUUAAACUUAUUUUUUGAAGUGUGGUACCAGUGCCCUUCGCCUUCUUGACAAGCAUAUGACGUUUCAUAAGUACAUUGCAUACAUGAUAUGUUUCCAGACAGGUAAAUUUGAUUUAAUUCGAUUUUUUUCUUUUUUGCAUUUGUUAGGUACAAAUUCAUUCAAAAGUAUUUGACACGCAAUACUUGACAAGUUUUGAAUUUGAAAUCACUUGAUGUAAUGCCAACAAUUGCAUAUUGACAAGUUGAAAAUUAAGAUGGGCUUAUUUUCUGGUGAAGUCUUACGAGCUUGGGAGCUCUCAACAUCACAGCUCGUCCAGGUUCCCUUAGUAUGGCACCUCGUCCUCCCCUUUGAAAGAAUGCUAGUCCAGGGUAGGAAAUCGUCAAGUUUACUAGUUCUCAGGAACCCCUUAUAUAGUACUGCGUGGAGAGAGACACCCUCGAAGUGAGGCGUCUUGCUCUGCUCGAAUCCAGACUUCUUGAUCCCAGGCCCGCGCUCUAACCUCAUUAUGGGUAAUAUUGAAAAAAGACAGGGAAUUGGUAGCCUAGUGAAACUUACUUUUUUAGUAUUUGUAACAAUUUUCUUCGUUUUAUUUAUCUACAGCCAUUCACAUAGUAGCACACGUUUUUAAUGUGGAGUUUUUCAUUGACUCACACUUGAGUAAGGACAUGCUUGUUCAGAGAUUGAACAGCUUUGAGGAUGAGGGAAGUGAAACUUAUCUAAACCCUAUACGGGACGCCAACGCUGUGAGUGUGAAAGACCGUUCUUAUUUGCUUGGAUUUGUCGUGAAUUUUCAUCGAAACCAAGGACAGUGACAAAGUUUAUUUUGUGUCGUUAUCUUAGGAGUGUGAAAGCGGCCGAGCGAGAACUGGGGGCGGGAAGGCAAAACAGACUCUCCCCAAUUUUUUCGCGGCAUUUUUUUUUUUUUUGUAUUUGAAAAUAUUCAUGCAAUACUUAAUGAGUCAAUGAACCUACUUGUUUCAAAGACCUUUUAUUUGUGUUGUUACCAAGCGUAAUACUGACUUCUGGUUUUUCUGAUCAGGUACCAGUAGUGGUGCUGUGGAAAUUAGGUAAGGCGCGAAGCUUGUGGAAUGAUCUUCAAACGAAUCUGAGGAUUCAGAGGACUUGACGUUUUUAUUCGUAUCAUAUACGCCUACGUCAACGUGACGUAGAGGAGGGAUUGAUAUUGUGAACCGCGCCAGAAUCUAUCUUUAAGAUUGUAGGGUGCUUUUCAUGGUAUGCUUUUAAGUUCCAAUACGACGCUGUUAUGGGGCCUCGCUUUGAAAAAUCUUGUUUCUGUUCUCCUAGUUGUUAUUUGCAUGAAACCUUCUGUCAGCUUAUUGAGUGGUAAAAUUUAUACAUAACGUUUCAUCAUCUGUAUCGUUGAUUGAUAUUUUAUUGUAUCACUUAUAGCGGCUGGUAUUACUGGAGCUGUCAUAACCCUUUGUCUUAUUUUGAUGGUAUGUUCAAAUAUGAGCUUAAGUAAUGUAAAUAAGAAGUAACCCUCGUUUAUAACAUUGCUAAGAGGAUAUGUGCAUUCUAGUUGGUCAAAACCUUCCAUGAGCAUUUAUUGAAGUGCCUGCAGCUAUUUAUUAAAACACUAAAAUAACUCUCUUAUAAGUUUGCGGGUAUAAUAAUCUUUUGUUUUUAUUCUCGAACAGCUCUCUUCUGCCACGGAACUUAUCAGGUAAUGUACUUAUGAUUGCAUCUUAGCGCUUUUAUUUUCACGAUAUCAGUAGUUUUACCGUACCUAAGUGUAACUAUCAUCUGUUCAAAUGUUUCCUCCUUGCAGGCGGUCGUAUUUUGAAGUGUUUUGGUAUAACCAUCAUCUGUUCGUGAUCUUCUACAUUGGACUGGUCGUUCAUGGUGUGCAGUAAGUAUAUUGACCAGUGUCGUGCGCAUGUUCAUAAGGUUGCCCCUUAAGGUUAAUCCCGCUUGGAUCACAAGGGGUCUAUCGACGGCGUUUCUUCCUAGAUUGCAGCCAAGGUCACGCCGGGAUCCUUCCCUGACCGCAGCGUGAUUUUCUUUGGGGCUUAAUGCAUUCCCGCAAAAGAUUCAGCCGGGAUCUUGCCUGGAUACCCUCUAGUUUUUCCUGAACUUAAGUCGAACUGAGUGAAAUCAAGUAGUAAUGAAGAAUAUAUAUUAUCACUUUCGUUGAAUAAUUUUUUAUUUAACUGAUCGGUCAGUUUUGCAGUGGUGAGUCACAGAUAUCUGCUCGCAUGUUUCUAAUAGGGGCAGAUAAACUGUUAGAGUAACAUUCUUACACCUCUCAAUGGGUAUGGGUGUGGCUCGAUCCUGAACCGUUUUCUAACGCCGACAUCAGCUCACCGCUUGCAAGAAUUCACCUUCCGAGUGCUAACAGAUAUUUGUUCUCUCUAGGGGUAUCGUACGAUUUCAGUCGAACACUGAUGAGCAUGACCCUGAAACCUGCUCCAAAAAUGUGACCUCGUGGGGAAAGGAGGGAGACUGCAAAACGCUUCCCAAAUUUGCUCCUUUUGGAAUGAAUGUGAGUCACUUAAUCAUGUGUUAAUUCAUUGUCAACUUUCUCUUGGGAUGUGUGAUUCUAAUAACUAUUGUAGGAGUAUUUGUAGAUGCAGUUAUUUUUGUUUUUCACAAAUAUCUACCUAUAUCGUAAGGCUGACUAGCAAGAGAGAGAGAGAGAGAGACAUAGAAGAUAAAAGAGAAUCUAGUCCAUUACCGUUAGAUUACAAGUACCGCUCUACUUAACGCUUUAUUACUGAGAGACAGGGGAUUGGUGGCGAGUCAGACCACCCAGUCGUAUUCUGAUAGGUUGAUCGAUAUCGAAUUUCUUCGGCUUGACGAAAUAUAAAGUGUUAAUCACGAAUUUAAAGAUCCCAUUAAUAGAAUGUCACUUAUCUUGUGGACGGCUUUUAUCAUCUACGAGUUCUUUAAAGCGCAACUGUCGGAGUAUCCAAACGCGAGCUCGGAAAGUCUGAGAUUCGAUUUAGCAGGGCACACCCACUGUUUUGUGCAAUACGGUUGUAAUAAAUACGUCAACAUCGUUCUUCAUUCGACGACCAGGUGCAAAAUAAAUUUAGCAUCGUUCUUAUUAUCCUAUCAAUUAUUUCCUCUUUCAGACCUGGAAAUGGGUAGUUGGACCAAUGUUCCUGUAUCUCGUUGAACGUGGAAUCAGAUUUUGUCGCUCAUUCCAGACGGUUAAAAUUAUGAAAGUAAGCUCUAUCAAUUUAAUGCUAUGUGACAUUUUCUACAAAUGUCUGGAAACAGAUAUGUAUGUGUACCACACUGGUAUCAAUUCCAGAACUCAUGCGCUGAAAUCGCGCCAGCUGAGCCCCAUACUUAAUGAAAUAUGACAAUCCGUUAUGAAAUGGCACUUUGGUUGUCAUAUGAUGGUCUACAUUCCAUGCCCACGAAAAACCUUAUUUUACAUGUGGGACAAUCUGCAUUGGGGAUGCCAUGCUGGAUAAUACACAUACGCAAGAAGAUGGAGAGAUGAAAUGCACUUUAAGUAAACCAACUGGAGUUCCGCAUUGCCCCUUUUCAAUUUAGACAUCAACGUUAUUGUGCUGUUUAUCUUUUUUUGUGAUAGGUUAGUGUAGCUGCUUUCACGUGUUCCGUAGGUAGUUAAUGACUUUCAAUUUGAGAAUCUUUCGAUCAGGUUUAAGCAAGCUGAUAAUGAGUGAUAUUAACUGCCAUGUAGGUUGUUAACCAUCCAUCGAAAGUUAUCGAGAUCCAGAUGAAGAAAGCAGGCUUCCAUCAUGAUGCUGGACAGGUAUAUUAGUUUUACUUUUACUUGAGGCGUUUUUCGAAUUUCUUUUUAAACGGAAGUUACUCUGUCAGGAGGGGUGCUCAUUGGCAAACUUUCCCAGUUGCUUUCUCCGAAGAGAAAUUUAUUGCAAAAAGACAACGCAAUAUCAUUAAUUUUACUUCUUCAUAAUCAUCACAGAGCUAGUACUUCAAAGAUUAAAUGAGCUUUCUAUUUUUUCCUAUUUUAUUACAGUACAUUUUCCUCAAGUGUCCCAAACUCUCUCAUUUAGAGUGGCAUCCUUUCACUUUGACAUCGGUGAGUAAAACCUAUCCAACUAAUAACAGAUAUUUUUAGGAUAAAAUACUCCCUUGAUAUAACUAUGAUUUUUUUUUGUCACUUUGAUAUUGCUUUCAAAACAAUAUGUUCUACUACGGGUGGGUUGUUUGGAGAGUUCGAACCUAGUGGGAAUAUUUACGCUUGGUAUUGAUUUACCCUCUACUACGAUAUGUUCUGUUGAUCAAUAACACUGAUAACACAUAUAGAAGCAGGCACCCAUAUUGUAUGUGGAAUUUAUGUACAUGAAACUGCGAACAUCUCGUUUUCUCCUUCAGGCCCCUGAGGAUGAUUUCUUCUCCGUGCAUAUUCGUAUCGCUGGGGACUGGACAGGUAAGGCACUGAUGUGAAUGAUUGCUAACUAACUGACUGGGUGUCUGAAUGGCUGACUAGCUUACCGUAUGACUAUAUGAUUGGCUGACGCAUAGAGGAAAUGAUUGACCAACUGUUUAACCUACUCUCAAGCUAAUUGACUAACUUCUGACUCACUGAUGGAGUAGCAACCGAUCAAGUUGCCUACUGACUGACUCGUUAACUGACUGUCUGAGUGUGUGUCUAACUGACUGACCUACAAGCUGACUUCCCUUCGUCAUUCGCUCUGACGAAGGGCUAACGCUCGAAACGUUAACUUUUGAACUGUUUACGGUUGCCAAUUUACGUUCUUAACUCGUACGAUAAUACCAAAUUACCCUGUUGGACUCUCUUACUGACGCAGUAGCUCAGUUUCUGUAGAAACUUACCCCCUUUAUUCAUUUGACUGACUGUCUGACUGUUUGAGUGACUGAGUGACCUACUGAUCAAUUAAAUGAUUGACAUCUCGUUUAUAGGUGGACUAGCCAAACUUUGUGGUGGUGACGGUAAACAAACAAGAAGCCUGUCUGAUAUGCCAAGGUACGUCUUUUGAGGAACUUGUUCACUUCUUUUUAUCUAACUCUUCUCAUAUUCCAGAAGUUUAGCUCGUGUGCAGCAAGGCAUAUGAUGUAACGAUCCUUCUACUAAGAUCUUAAAUUGAAGUUUAAGAAUGGAACUUUGAGCGGGAUGCCCGACAAGUUUGGUUGGAAAUUCCGAAAGCUGUCUGAUGAGUCUCUUGGCCCGUAGCGAAACGCCUUGUCACACCAGCUACGAGGUGUUUUCACUCAAGAAAUAAGUUGAUAACUUGUAUUUUGUGUUUGUAGACUUGCAGUAGAUGGGCCCUUUGGAACAGCUACUACGGUAAGCCUGAUUAGAUUUUGUAUAUGUCGUAAUGGUUUUGUUGAUAUGAUAUCACGCAUGAGUUCAAUUAAUAAUACGAACGGAGAAACCAUUACUUCAUAUGUUUGCGUGGAUCUGGGGGCACGAAGGCUCCUGGACUUCCCUCGUUUUGUUUGUUUGUUGAUUUAUCCCAUAUUGUCAUUGUUGUUAUUUUCUUUGUGUAGGACGUUUUUAAGUAUCCCGUGGUGAUGUGUAUCGGAGCUGGUAUUGGGGUAACACCGUUUGCAUCUAUCCUGAAGUCCAUCUGGUAGGUUUGAGAAAAAAAAUGGUCGACAUGACUUUUAGAAUUAGUCAGGUAUCAUUACAAGUAGCUGACGAACCAUUUUUCAAGCAGAGAAUAUGACAGUCUUUUCCCGUUGGCCCAAAAUUUUAUGAAAUCUCAGGUUGCUAUUACUUUCUACCAUCUCUCGUUUGAAGGAAAAAUAAGCUUGUUCUUAAUAGUUUACUCUUCGCCGAAAAAUAUUUUUUUCUAAAUUCUCCCUGCCCUUGUAAAGUUCUGCAUUUGCUUAUUAAUUAGUGAAAAGUAUUUUUCUCUAUUUUAAUCACUUUAUCCAGCUGAUAAGUUCAAAUAUUCUCUUCAACUGUUUGCUUGAAAGUGUAAUGUAAUUGUAAGGAGAGGUGGAAUGAUGAUCACGUGUUUGACCGAAGUUGUCCUGAAGCCUACUUUGUUCUGCUUAUCCUGCAGGUAUCAAUAUAAUCAGAACAAUGUUAACCCGGUGGUUAAAAAAGUUUACUUCUUUUGGAUUUGUCCCGAUACGAACGCAUUCGAAUGGUUUACAGAUCUCUUGCAGUACCUUGAAGAAAGAGUAAGUGAUAGCAGUGCAAAAUGUCCUAGCGAAGCCUCAUACCCAACAUAUUAUGCUAACCUGUCAUGUUGAAAAAAAAAUUUGGCUAUAGGGGCCAUACAUCACCUGAUUCAAUGUGGGACGAGUGUCGUCCACUGCAACUGUAAUAGUUGGAAAUUAGAAUGAAAGCUGAGAUCCAUGUUUACGCUUUGCUGAAUUUAAAUAUAAGUUGUAAAUUAGUAACCAAACUCCAGAAUCAAUGUGAGGUAAGCGUCAAUCUCGUUCAAUUUGUUAUCGAUUGAAGAUGUAACGCUAUUUAUUUCUGGAAUUCGGCGUGGAAAAUAAUGUGAGUAAUUAUUUUCCUAACGUGCUUGCAGUACAGGAAAUUUCGAGAAAUCUUACCAAAAAAGGGUCAAAUUUUCAACAAACUUUGAAAACGUUUCUGGUGCUUUCCUUUAUCGAAUAUGCCUUAAAUGUCAUUCUCUGUGGUACAGCAUUGAAUUUAUGUCUUCAAUUCCAGAUGGUGGAAACUGGAAACAGAGAUUUCUUGGAAUAUAACAUUUACCUCACCAGAGGCUGGGGUCCAAAUAUGGUAAGUAAAGUUCAGGCAGGCUGCUGUAUAGCAAGAUACAAAUUCCUGAUUGCUCUUACAUCCUCAAAUCCCCAACUACUUUGUAACGUAAUUUGGAAUCUGUCACUAGGCUCGCACCAUUGUUCUACACGAGGAUGAGGAGACGGACAUCAUCACUGGAUGUAAACAAAAGACUCGCUAUGGGCGACCAGAAUGGAACGGCAUUUUCGGUAGCGUUGCUCGAGCUCAUCCAAGGUAUGUAGUCAAUGGAGAUAGAAAACCAGGAAGGGUAGAGUUGUUUCCCUCGUAUUGGGGAGGGUAAGGGUGUCUGAAAGUUUAAUUUCAAUGACAAUUUGUUAAAUCUCUUUCUUGAUUGUUACAGAACAAACAUCGGAGUCUUCUUUUGUGGUCCUGCUGUUCUUUCACAUCAGCUUCACCAGACAGCCAAUGCACACAGCAAUGUUGUUGAAGGAACAAAGUUUUACUAUAACAAGGAAAAUUUCUGAAGCUUUAGGCGUGACUUUUUUUUUAAUGAAGAGAACAACAUUUUAAUUUUUUUGUUUUUAUCAUAGAAUAAUGUAGUACUUUUUCAGUGUAGUUUUUAUAUUGGCAGUACAAAGUUAGUCGAAUUAGUAAAUUUUUCACACUAAGAGAAUCUACAAUGCACAAGGUAAUGAUGAAAGCUACUUUUCAACUUUAGUUUCUUAAAUCGAAUUAAAACAUUAACCCUUUAACUUCCAUGAGUGACAAAGACAGAAUUUCUCCCCACAAUAUCAAUACAAUAUCAAGCAGACAAGUGAUGAGAAUAAAGAAAAAUAGAAGUUAAGGGAAUAUAAGUUGAUCCAAGAUCAAAUUCUACAAACAAACAUCACCAGAACUGUAUGGCAGACAGUAAGGAGAAUUACUAAUGAGAUCUUGGGAGUAAAAGGGUUAAAUGGAAGUAGCUUGUCAGUUCGUGUUUGACAUUUGCAUGAUUGGAUGAGUCAUGGUGUGGAUACAUAUUUCUCUAACCAAAAAAAUUCAAGGCUGUGUCAGAUAGUUUGCCUCAGUAGUUCUUUAAUUCAUAUUUAUUUACAGUAAAAUAGUAGUGCUUGAUAUUACAAUUGUACUUCCUAAGAAUGUAAAAUAAAUGUAAUAUACACCGUGAAACUUUAUUUUUCUAUUUAUUUUCGUCCUUUUGGAAAGAAAGAAUCAUUCAAGGACCUUAAAAGUUUUUGUAAUAUCUGGUGAGUUAAUUCUUGUAACUUCGCAUACAUUGUUUGUAAUACGAUAGGCAUAAGUAACAUUCAAUAAAGAACUCAUUUCCUACUUUUUUAAAUAAAGGUCUUGCGCUAUAACCAUGGAAAUGGUAAUAGAAUCAGGAAGAAAUUCUUUCAAGACAAG